UUUCAAUAUAAGUGCGUGCAAUUAGUCCCGAGUUCGACCCCCGGUGGGGUCAUUUUGUAGCGAUCGUUAUCAUUCACUGGACGACAUCAUGACGGAACAGGAGAGCAUUGUCGUGACCAUCGACGCCGUCCGCGUCUGCGAAGAAAGGAUACGCAUAGGCGUUCGAGACAAGGAGCUGGACCUUACACUCCUCCUCGAUGAAGACGAACUGGCACCGCUGUUUGCUGGUGCUGCGUGGGCUGGAACGUUGGUGUGGGACGCUGCUGUGGUCUUGGCCAACCAUUUGCUCAACGACGUACGAUUGGAGUCGCUGCGUGUCCUCGAACUUGGCGCUGGCAUCGGUGUACCGGGCAUGGUGGCCAGCAUCCUUGGCGCCAAGCACGUUGUUAUCACGGAACAGCCCGAACUGGUGCCGCUUUUGCGGACCAACAUCCGCCGGAACUUUCCCAACGGCGGCGUGACCGCGACCGCAUUGAGCUGGGGCGUUGCUGCGACCAAUGCGUUUUGCGAUUCGUUUGGGGCGUUCGACGUGGUGCUGAGCUGCGAUUGCAUUUACCAGCCGCUCUACGGCGAGUCCUGGUGCGCUCUGGCGGUGACCAUGGACGUCCUGUGCAAACGCAACCCGGCGUGUGUCGUGCUGGUGUCGGUGGAGCGCCGGCAUGAAGACGGCAUCGACGCGUUCCUAGCUUACUUGCCCGAAGCCACAUCGCUGCAUGCGACCUUGUACCGCACGAUCCCCAAGAUCAAAAAGUCCCUCGGUGACGAAGGCGUGGGUCUUGAAUUGUAUCGGAUUACGUUGAUUCAGCAAUAGAUUCACUUUCAUGUUGGGGGAUAUGCGACUUGGACAGGCCGGCGAAGCUGCAACGAUCAAGCGGCGGACGUCGUUGGCGUCGAUUCGUUCGGAAUGACCUAGCCCUGGACAGGAUGGCGGGCCAGUGUCGCAGACUGGCGCACUGCUCAAUUGAUAUGACAUGUAUUUCCACGACAAUACAGUAAUGUACUACCAGUCGAG